GUGGCCGGCAUUUUGAAAAAUUUUCGCGAUUAGAAAUUCGACCAACAAAGCUCAAAUUAACUACGAAAAUGGCCUCCGACGGUGCCUUUAAAGGCAGGUCACAAUUAUUUAAAAACCAAGGAAAAGAUGCAGAGGAAAUGAGGAGGAGAAGAAAUGAAGUGACCGUGGAACUAAGAAAGAACAAACGAACUGAAAUCCAUCUGAAGAGACGUAAUGUGCCGACGACUGAUAGUACCGACUCUGAUGACAACGAGAGGCCUUUAACUCAAUCGCUGGAUCAAAUUGUGUGCAACGCUAAGCAACAUGACCAGCCAGCCCUGCAAUUGAGCGCCGUGCAGUCGGCGAGAAAGCUCUUAUCAAGUGAAAGGAACCCACCUAUUGAUGACCUGAUAAAAUCUGGCAUUCUGCCAACGUUAGUGGAAUGUCUCAUGCAUGAUGAGAAUCCAAAUCUACAAUUUGAAGCGGCCUGGGCUCUGACGAAUAUAGCUUCAGGGACAUCUAGCCAGACAAGAGCUGUGGUGAACGCUGGUGCUGUUCCUCUGUUUUUACGCCUACUCAACUGCACACACCAAAAUGUCUGCGAACAAGCUGUAUGGGCUCUUGGGAACAUAAUUGGUGAUGGCCCGGAACUCAGAAACUUUGUCAUUAGUCAUGAUGUUGUGCAGCCACUGCUGAACUUCAUCGACCCAAAUAGAAAACCCCCCCUACCACUUCCGUUUCUGAGGAACGUGACCUGGGUGAUAGUCAAUCUAUGUCGUAAUAAGGACCCACCACCACCAACACCGACAAUAUUACAAAUCUUGCCCGCACUCAAGUAUCUCACGAAACACAAUGACAUUAAUAUUCUGGUGGAUACAGUGUGGGCGUUGUCUUAUCUGACUGAUGGAGGAAACGACCAGAUUCAAAUGGUGAUAGAGUCGGGCGUUGUUGAAGAUCUAGUUCCUUUACUUAGCCACGGGGAGGUCAAGGUCAUGACGGCCGCGUUGCGAGCGGUAGGAAACAUCGUGACCGGCUCAGACGAACAGACGCAAGUUGUACUCAAUCACAGCGCUCUGUCGUACUUCCCUGCCUUACUAACUUAUCCAAAAGACAAAAUUAAAAAGGAAGCUGUGUGGUUCCUCUCAAAUAUUACCGCGGGUAACCAACUGCAAGUGCAAGCGGUCAUUGAUGCUGGACUUAUACCUUUAAUAAUUGAACACCUUAGUCACGGAGAAUUUCAAACCCAAAAAGAGGCAGCCUGGGCAAUAAGUAACCUUACAAUCAGCGGCAGUCGGGAACAGGUCGAAUUGGUUGUGCAAAAAGGUGUUAUUCCUCCGUUCUGUAAUCUGUUGGCAGUGAGAGAUCCGCAGGUGAUACAAGUCGUCUUGGACGGCAUCGGAAAUAUUCUGAAAAUGACACGCGAUCCUGAUACGUACGAUGUGAUUAAUCUAAUUGACGAAUGUGGAGGUAUUGACAAAAUCGAAGUGUUACAACGACACGACAAUUACGAGAUUUACCGACUAGCGUAUCAAAUUAUUGACAAUUAUUUUUCGGAAAUGGACAGCGAUCAAGACCCAAACAUGGUGGCAGAUGGUGGCGACGGACAAACUACGCUUGAUUUUGACGAAACGGACCCAGCACAUCAGUUGCCGCCAACUGGCGGAUACACCUUCUAGAAAAGUGACACCCGAAAAAAUGCUUUGUGGCAAAACAUUUAGACACGCUCGACCAGCUUACUGCAUGAUUGAGCAUAUACCUCAUAGGCCCUGCAAGCCGAGCAUAUGGGCCUAUGACCAGUGAGACAAUACUUGUUGUCCUGGUUGGUCAGAUGUGUCAAGCUGUAGGAGAUACAACAGAGCAGAAUAUGGAGAACUGACUGGAGGUGAACAUUGGAUUCUACUGGUCUACAGAGCUUUGAAAUCCUGUGAAGUAUCCAACAUGCUUUGAUCUAGGUCUGCAUUUAAUUCCUCUAAUCUCAGACACUUGGAAUGUUCCGGGUUUCAGAUCUAAAUUGUGAGGAAGAAACUAUUGAAAUCCAUCCCAGUUCGGUAAUCAAAAUCAUCCUCGUAGAAUAUAUUGAAUACUGGUAGUUAAUUUCUGGUCCCAUGUCUAUAUGCUGCAUGAAAUUAUUUACUGAGGUCGUGUUGGUUAUGAAUUAGUUAACAAAUUUGAGCUUGUCACUGCUCAACUGAGAGCAAAACACAUCCUGUGCUGUUCAGACUGAUAAAGAUAAGGCCUAUAACAUUUUGAAUACACGAUGAUUGGCCUGUGCUUUUCACUUCAGUAUAGUUAGCCGGUUUGACCAAGAGUUAUGUUUGCAGGCUUUCAUGGAUACAUGGGUGUUGCAGACAAUUAGUUUGAGUUUUUACCAAACAUCGCUGAAAGCUUGGGCCGGUGAGUUGGCAGUUGUAGUAUUUUUGGAUGAUUUGAGGUUCGACCUCAUUUAUCAACUUGGAAAGAUCAAAAGGCCAUGCAAGUGUCCGAAAAAAGACAAAAUGAAAAGUUGUACUUAAAAUGCCUUGACAUUGUUUAUGUUCAGUGAGGUCACGAUCAUGAUCUGCUUUAUAAAUCGUGAACUUGGCAUGCAACAAACGCCAGGUCUGGGCAUCGAAACCUUUAUCCCUCACUUUUGGCGCCACAAGUCCACCUAUCUUACUAAGAGAGUAGCCAAACAAACCAUAGACUUGUUUGCUCCGAAAUGUUAAAAAGUCCAGUGAGGAAAUCACUCUUUUCCUGGUUUAUCUUGUUCUGUAUAUAUAUGAAUUAUUGGAACAUGACAAGAAUUGGGUCACUAAAAGCUUGAUCAUAAAACAAUACUUUAAGCCUUGGCUGCUGUGUUUCGUGUUCAUUUCGGCUGAAUUUCUGUCAAUGAUAUUGAUAAUGCGUCUUUGCGAGCGUAAAAGUACUUAAGAAAAAAUCAAACUCGACAUUGAAUGCAAUGUUUAUCGUAUAUUUGUGAAAAAGUUUCUUAGUUAUCCAAUCCUUGUUUUGUGUAGCGAGAUUAAACAUUUUGAUUAAAGGGCUGAGGGCAACGUCUGUUGAGAUAAUUCGAGAACUAAAAUUUAAUACCACUUGAUAAAUUACAUGAUAUCGACUAACGUAAUGUGAAUCGUGACACUUUUGAGGCACGUUUUCUAUUUAAAAAGGCACCUUUAAUUGGGGUUGAAGUCGAAUUCAAUUUGCCUCACCCUCAGUCCUUUAGGAGUCAGGCAACACCAGUUGAUCAAAGGUUGGAUAGCAUGCAGGUAGCGAAGAACCUUCCAUAAGUUUCGAUGAAAUGAAAAGUGAAAGCAUGACGUCUGCAAAAAGAAGAAAAAUUUGGUUUGUCAAAGACUCCCUUUGCUUUUGACGGAUUUUUUGGUCAUUUGAAUAAGAAAUUAUUUGCAAAUUUAUUUUUUGAACCGGUCUUUUUUCGGGUGGGGGUGGAGGUUCGGCACCAACACUAUCCAACGGAUGAAAUUGGUGUAUCCUUACGGAUGGUUUAUAGAUUGAACACUGUUGGCUGAAUAUUGUACAGUUUUCAUGUUUGUGUCAUGAAAAUGGCUUCAGAAUGUGAAAAACCAUCCAUGUUCCAUCAGGCAGAGUACGUAGAGGUUCUCGGACGUGUCUAGGAAAAAAAUGCUAUUGCAUUUCGAAAUUAUUCAAAUUUCUGAGAGAUUUCUUGAUGAACAACGUACACAUGUGUCGAAACAUUAUGCAAAUUUUGCAAGUCUAAUUUUGCGGUCUAACUCAUUGAGGCGCAACAGCCGGUAACGGCUAUUAUAUGCGUUAUUAUUAUUAUGAUGAUGAUGAUGAUGAUGAUGAUGAUGAUGAUGAUGAUGAAGAGUUUUGGUGAUGUUUAAAUAACUCUUGGAAAUUGAAAGUUUUCUGGCAUCAGAGUGAUUUUAAACCGCCAAAAAGGCAGGAAUGAAAACUAAAAAUUUUAAAAACAAAUUUUUGCAGAUCUAUACCAAAAAUAAAAUGUUCUCGUCUUCUGGCCGGUUUGUUAUAUUGUUACAGGCUUUGCCUACUUUAUUUGCGACAUUUUAAAUUGAGCAAAGAGAAUUAUUGUUGAUAAGCCCUUGUUGUCUUCAGGUCAAAUCUGAUGAAUUAAGGUUUUAACUUGCUACAUGCAGUUUUAAAUGAGCCACAUUUUAACUACCAUUGCCUGGACAGUGAAAAAGAAACUUUUUGCAGUCCCUCUCUAUUUGUGUGCUGGGCCAAAAAUUCAGAAAAUUUUUUUUAAUUUGGUGGAUUGCGAAAUUUCUUAUGGUUUUUCAAAUAUUCAUGAAUCUACGUAAUUUGCAAAAUCUGCGAGAGAAACAAAUUCUUGCCAACAUUUUUGGCUUGCAUUAUUCAAGAAAUUCAAAAAAAAUAUGCUUUGAUUUCAAAUCUGGCAAAAUGUUGUACAUUCUGUGCAUCUUCUACUUUUCACGCCAAUUUGAGAAAGGCUGUUCGUCAAGAAACCUCUCGGAAAUCUGCCCUUCUGUGAGGGUUUGCAUAACUGUGAUGCUGUUAAAAAUUCUGUAUAUACUUCUGGUAUAAUUAUGCAGGCAACAUGGACUUGUAAAGUUUUUACAUUUCACAUAUUGAAGCAGAAAGACGUCAUUCCCAUUAGGCAUUAGCCCGUCAGUGAUUGGUGCUGGUUUUUGAAACGCUUACGAAAUAACUUUCAAGAACCAUCUGGAAUAUUCAAGUUUGCAUUUGAAGCAUGUUGACCCUACGUGAUUAUGACAGGUUGCAUUAACCAGUGGUUAUAAAAAAAUUAGGGCCAGGGGGUUAUGGCCUUGCUGUCUGAUGCUAUGGUGGAAGGUAUUUACAUCUGGUGUCGACUGGGACCCGAACCCAUCGACAGUGUGCCCUCGUGGCUUCUUGGGUGGUAUUAUUAUACAGGGUGACCCAGAAUUAUUUUCCCUCACACAAAGGAUACACAAUAGAAUUCUAUUGUCUAAAGGAAAAUAAUUCUGGGCCACCCUGUACAGCCACUCAGUUGGUUUUAACUCGGUCAUUGAAUCUAGUGAUAAAAUACCUCAUGGAAGAAAGUAGAACUGAACACAUUAAUCGCUUGGGGUCAAAUGUGGGCUGUUCAAGUUUAUUUUAGACUUUAAAUGUAGCUAAUGUUCGGCAAUGCACUUGGAGACGUUCGCUAUGCAACACACACUGGUAGUCUGAGACAUUUUGGGUGUAGGUAGCGGUCGGGGCGAACCCUUUAGCGCAGAGGUAGAAGUUCGACGUUUCCUCCUGCUGGUCCACUUAAUGAACUUAACGGGAGCUGCCCAUAAAGUAUGUGUCCACUGAAUCUGGUGUGUUUCUUUCCCGAAUAUGACCUAAUUUUGUUACAUGAAUCAUUCAUGCAUAAGGUCGAUGAAUCCCCCCCCCCUUACGUCCCUUCUCUUGUGAGGCCGAAGUUACAUAGACCUCAUUCGUUCAUUUCCCAGGACUCAUUUUCCCCUUUUGCUUUCUUUCCCCUGUGAAUGCACGGCCUUGUGGCGUGCAUUCACCGAGGAAUGAAAGAAAAACCCGGAAAGUGACUCGUGGUAAAUGAAUGAAUGAGGUCUAUGUAACUUCGGCCUAAGAGGUGCAUUGCAAAAUGGACAUCAUACUCCCCUCGCUCCUCGCCCUUCCCCAAAUUUGAGUGGUCACAUACUAGGUGGACGGUUCCAGAAUUACAACGUUGCGUUUGCAUUCACUUGUGGUCGUAUGACCCAUCUCCCCCCGAUGGUGGACGGUUCGGGUUAAUCGGGAUCAAAACAUGGGCGUGCUGGAAUUGCGCUCUGGGGUGGGGUCUAGAAUCGGAGCACUGGACUGAACAUUUUCAAACAGUUCAUCUCCAAGUCAUAUUUACAAUGACGAGAUUUUACCAUUUUGAGGCUAGUCUUCGAAGGUUUUAUACGUGAUAAAACUGUCCACUAAAGACGGGGGAGGUGUAUUAUUCAGAUCUUUUCAUCUCGACUUGGCCUGAAAAUUCUGUUCAAAUGUUUCUUUGUAUAUACAGCCGAAUAGGGCCUACUCGAUUUGAAAUUGAUUUCUUGUAGGACAGUUAAGACAAGGUUAAAAAUUUUGAUUGGUCAUAAAACUAUGAAAUAGUUGUAUUUGCCUAACGUGUAAAUUAUGUAUUUUAUACUUCAGUAUUGUUGUCGUUUAUAAAAAAAACUCUGUUUUAAAAGUUUUUUUCCUACAUGAGAGUAUUAUCUCCCCGCGAUGCAGCAGAAUCAUAAUUUUGUUUGACUAAUCUUGGCGAUUUUUAACCUUGUGUCUCCAUUAAACUGUAAAUGAUUUAUAUGUACAGAGUUCAAGCAUGUGUCAGACUUGGUUUAAUGUUAUAUCUUGGCUGAACAUUAUGUGCGUAUUUGUACACGAUAUGUAGUGUAUAACCAGGGACGGGAUCCAAAUGUCUAUUUAUUUCGUUUUAAUCAAAGAUGGUUGACCAAGAGAACAUCUAUUGCUUGUGUACCAGGUAAAUUAACUUCAAAAUAAGUGGGAAAAAAGAUAUUACUGCCUGCUGAUACUGGUUUCCAGCUGCUUAGACUUAAUGACAGUAUUAAUUCACAUUAUAAAAUACCAUUGAUGAUAAAUUUCCUAAAUUUCCGGAGAAUCAGGCAGGACCUGUAUGUGGUAUUCAGACCUGGGCAGGAACAAACAUCGGUAUAAAAGAGUUAACACUUUAAAGGGAAUUAAUAUGACGUAUAUGCUAAUGAUCUUAAUUAUUCUCACAGUUAGUUUUUAAUUGAGACAACGUUGACAGUUCUACUAAUUCAUACGAAUAUCCACAUUGCCAUAGCACCAUGCUUGUAGGCCAUUGUCAGGAUCAGAAACGCGUAUUUUCUAGUAAUGUUAACUUUCCACCAUGACAGUUCUGUCCCAAGACACAACCAAUUUUUAGCGGUUUUUUUCAAUGCCUCUGAGGUCGCUGUAAAGAAACUUGGUAUAUUUGAGGGGUAAUGUUGUUUUCAUAGGUCAACUCUGUCUCGGUGUUCAUCACUUGGUGCAUUUCUAGAUCUAGAUAAUCGAAAGAAAACUGAAUGUCUUGGAGGCCUUUUCCCUGGUUGCUAUCCGACGGAGAUUCCUAUCUCACGCUCUCAAGUCCACUUUCAGUGUAAAGUAUUGUUGGUUUGGGCUAUUUUGAUACGGUGCUUACGAGUUGAAAAACUUUUGAAAUCGGGAUGAUUUUGUGGGAGGGGUGCUUUGCUCAAUUUAAUUGACACUGCCAAAUGACUUUUUUACAAAAAAUUGCAAAACUUGUCUUGUGAUGUAUGUUCAUGUACAAAUGUAUUGAAAUGGCCCAAUACUAGUAUUCAUAUGAUAUAUUAUACAGAACCUCUUCCUUGUUCUUUGUAGCUUGUCAUGUAAGGUAAAAUGGUACAGUUAUAGCCCAGGUACAAUUGCAUGUAAUGCCUAUGUGUUAUUUACACUAUAGGGGCCAAAAUUGUACCAAUUUACCUUAUGUCCUGUACAAGUUGCUUUUGCUGACCAACUUGCAAGGAUGGAGAAAUAUCGUUGGAAAAAUCCUUAAAAAGUUGACAAAAAACUAAUUACCUGUGAUUGGGAAAAUGUUUUUCUUGACAGAAAAAUAUUUUACAAAUAUCUGUUUUGGUGAAAAUCCUGUGAAAAUUAUUUUGCAGGUUUUAAACUAAUCCACUCCUAGUCCUUGCGUAGUUAGUUGCCAAAUAUAAUUGCAUUUCAUUCUAAAUAGAGGUGGCUGCUACAUAUAUCUUCUGCCUGUGUUUCAACUGUACUUGUGUUCCAAAUUCAAGUGACGCAAAACAGCUCAUUCAACCAACUUAUGCAGUGACAUGGCUGCACUCAUUUUCUCAAAAAAAUGGUGGAAUAUUUUAAGAAAAUCAUUCCUGUGAAUUGUCUGAACAAUGUUUCUUAAAUAUUUGAAGAAUUUGGUUCAUGUCAAUUGCCUGAGCAGAGUUUAUUCAAAUAUUUGACGAGAAAUUGUUCCAAAUUACAGUCUGUUUUAGCUUUAGCAGACGUCCUUGUUGAAGCAGACGUCAUUGCUGCGAUUGUGAUUUGAAUUGCAAAUACAUGUAAUGGCACAAAAUGAGUAAAUAUAAUAUGUCCGCCCUAAAGGACUUGAGACACAUGGUCUGAUAAACGUGCAUGUAUUUGUAUUUCUGCCUCUACUUAGCAUGAAAUCCUCUCUAUAUCUGUAUAGAGCAACACCUAUGGAUUCAUUGUUUUAACAUUAGACGUUUUAAUGUUUAUUUAUUGAGGAGAGAUCGCUUUGAUACAAAAUGUAAGCUAUUUUUAAUUUCCAAAGACACAGAACAUAGUUAUAAGCUUAAAUACGAACUGUACAUUACAUGGUCAGUUGUAAAGUAAAUGAAGCCGAGCCAGAUACACACAACUGGUGAAGUUUCUUUCAGACCAA